GGUACUUGUACGAGUCCGUCCAGAAUCAGAAACGGUCACCACGUUUGGUUGGUCGAAUUGAAUCGAGCGGUGCAGGAUAGGGUCAUCCAUAUUCCAAGAAUAUUCCUAUCCCAUGCUGAACCGAGCGGUGCGGCAAAAUUGACGGAACGGACCGAUCCAGGACCAGGCGCGCUCGCCUUUUCACCGCUCACCUCCCGUCCACUCGGUUUUUCCCCACCCCUCUGUUUCUCUCACCCCCUCCGUUUCUUCUCUCGCCCCUGGCGACGGCACUGGGCGGCGCUCCGCCCACGCCUCCUCCAGCAACCAGCGACAGUAGCCGCCCCGCCCACGCCUCCUCCAGCAACCAGCGACAGUCAAGAGUUGGACCAGGAGAUGGACCAGGAACAUCAGGGAGAUAACUUGGCUGCACAUGGUGGAGGUGCAAUUCAAUGGACAAGUGCUAUGUCAAGCUUUAUGCUCAACUACUUGUCUCAGCUUGUGGCUAGUGGCACUAAAACAUCUUCAGGCUUCAAGCAAGUUCAUUUGAAUGCCUGUGCAAGGGCUUUGAAUGACUGUCUGGGUGUUCAUGUCACCGGUACACAAGUUAGCAACCACCUCAGAAAGUGGAAAAAGAUUUAUGGAAAGAUUGUGAAGCUGAAAAGCUUGAGUGCAGCUAAUUGGGACGAAGAAAGUUGUACCAUAACCCUUGAGAGAGAGCAUUACAUUGGUCAUAUUCGGGACCAUCGUGAGGAUGCCAACUACUUAAACACUCCAAUUGAGCACUACCAUGAGAUGGCCACUAUCUUUGGCAAUAGUUUGGCAACUGGUGCAUAUGCCAAGGGAGCAAAUGACCCUCUCGCUGCAGAGGUUACUGAAACAGAGAAUGCACCAAAAGACACUGAAGAUGCUUCACCUACAAAUGAUCAAGUAGGGGCAAUGCCCGAUGAGGUGACAAUGUCUAUCAACAAUACUGGCGGGGAGUCCUCAGGUACUAAACCACCACCACCAAAGAAGGCCAAGGUCACUGUUGAAGAUCCUAAUAUUACCAUGGUGACUAUGAUUAGCCAGAGCCUCGGGAACUUAGCAGCAGCCAUAACAAAUGUCACCAAGGCCAUUGCUUCAGAUGGUGACAUUCCUGAGGGACUUUAUGAUGCCAUGAUGAGUAUCCCUGGAUUUGAUGCAGCCCAUCUUGAUCACUACUAUGCUUAUUUGUGUGACCAUCCACCACAAGCAAAGGCCUUUUACAAGUUGCCCCUAUCAAGCAAAAUGAUAUGGGUUGCAAGGUACAUCAAGGAGCACCUUUCCGAUGCUGAUCUAUAAGUAGCAAUCUAAAUAUUUUGCUAACCACUAAAACUGUAAUCUAUGGUGGUUUAUAAUUAGUGAUUGUGUGUUGUACCUAGUCAUGAACUGUGCUGGGGUAUUUUGUAGCAUGUUGGUGUUGGUUCUAAUAUUUUGCUAACCGUAGAACUAAAACUACAGUGGUUGAUGAACUACUACGGUGGUUGAUGGUUUGAUAUGUUUGAACUAUGGUAUGGUAUUAUCUGGUAUGAAUGAACUAUGAUCUGAUAUGUAUGAACUAUUAUCUGUGAUAUAUCUCAGUGUUGGGCUUAUAUCUGGAUGCGUUCUUUUAUGUCAA